UUCCUCCCUCAGCCUCACUCCCCUUCCUCUGUCUACCCUGUGCGGUGCUUCAUUGCCUCCUGGGCAGGCUGCCACCGGGAGCUGACUGUCUCCAGGGCCGGAAUCCCGGGCUCCUCCUGUGCCCAGAGCUCACCAUGUCAGCCAACGUCACCCUGAAGCCGCUCUGCCCGCUCCUGGAGCAGAUGAGCCGCAUCCAAAGCCACAGCAACUCGAGCAUCCGCUAUAUGGACCACGUGUCCGUGCUGCUGCACGGGCUGGCCUCGCUGCUUGGCCUGGCGGAGAACGGACUCAUCCUCUUCGUGGUGGGCUGCCGCAUGCGCCAGACCGUCGUCACCACCUGGGUGCUGCACCUGGCGCUGUCGGACCUGCUGGCCACCGCCACCCUGCCCUUCUUCACUUACUUCCUGGCCGUGGGCCACUCGUGGGAGCUGGGCACCACCUUCUGCAAGCUGCACUCCUCCAUCUUCUUCCUCAACAUGUUCGCCAGCGGCUUCCUGCUCAGCGCCAUCAGCCUGGACCGCUGCCUGCAGGUGGUGCGGCCGGUGUGGGCACAGAACCACCGCACGGUGGCCGCGGCCCACCGGGUUUGCCUGGUGCUCUGGGCCCUGGCGGUGCUCAACACGGUGCCCUACUUCGUGUUCCGGGACACCAUCCAGCGGGUGGACGGCCGCAUCAUGUGCUACUACAACGUGCUGCUCCUGAACCCUGGGCCCGAUCGCGAUGCCACGUGCAACUCGCGCCAGGCAGCCCUGGCCGUCAGCAAGUUCCUGCUGGCCUUCGUCGUGCCGCUGGCCAUCAUCGCCUCCAGCCACGCAGUCGUGAGCGUGCAGCUGUGCCACCGCGGCCGCCGGCGGCCCAGCCGCUUCGUGCGCUUGGUGACGGCGGUGGUGGCGGCCUUCGCGCUCUGCUGGGGUCCCUACCACGUGUUCAGCCUGCUGGAGGCGCGCGCGCACGGCGACCCCGCGCUGCGGCCGCUCGUGUGGCGCGGCCUGCCCUUCGUCACCAGCCUGGCCUUCGUCAACAGCGUGGUCAACCCGCUGCUCUACGUGCUCACCUGCCCCGACGUGCUGCACAAGCUGCGGCGCUCGCUGCGGAGCGUGCUGGAGAGCGUGCUGCUGGACGACAGCGAGCUGGGCGGCCUGGGCAGCAGCCGCCGCCGCCGCUCCUCCGGCCCCCGCGCACCCCGCGCGCCCCCCGUGUCCUGGCCCGCGCGUCUGCUCGCCUGGGUGCAGGGCGGCGGCGCAGAGUCCACGCGGAGGGCCAGCUCCCGCUCCCAGGACGAGAGGGGCCCCCUGAACAGGGCGCUGAGCACCACAUCUGGGUAGAAGAUGGCGCGGGGA